AUGCCCCCGCGGUUGUGCCGAGUGAGCGAUCGGGCCGCGUCACCUGCCUCGGCUGAUGCUGGCUCAUCUAAAGCGGAUUCGACGCCCCUGCGAUCGCCUCGUCUGCUCGGCUGCCCGUACGUCAGCACUCUGCUCAGCUCACUGCUCAGGACGCGACCUUGGGGUCCUCUCUGCGUCACGGUGAUGGAGGGGAAAGUGCUGCUCUCAUUUCUGACAGAUUUGGGCCCUCCUUGUCACUAA